GCUCUGGCCGGUGAAUAUGUUUCUUUUUCCCAUGUAGUUUGCACCUGCUAUUCCUGGUGGGAGCGCGCUGCGCGGGCACUGAUUUGGACUUGUAUUCCUCUCCCCGUGUGUUGCAGCCAAACGGCUUUGACAGGCCUCUGGAUGAUGUGUUUACUAUGGCCAGCGACCCUCUGGAAGGCUUUCAUGAAGUGAAUCUUGCUUCACCUACGACUCCAGAUCUGGGAGUGCGUGAUGUCAAAGCUCAGGAACCUACUACCUCUCCGAAUCCAAUCUAUCGGCCCCAUUUAACUGCUAGCCCCAGCCCUAUUCAGCCCAACACUUUGAAUGCUGCUGACCUUCCAACUCAGCCAGUGUACUCUUCUCCAAGGCAUCUAAACUGUGGAAACACUACAGGCAUAAGCCCCAAUAUAACAGAUUCUAUAUCUUGCUCUACCUCUGGAUGCCCAACAUGUUCCCUCAAACACAGCAGAAAGAAGGACAACCGUGCAGAGAGAGAAUUUUUGCAAGGCGCCACAUUGACAGAUGUAGUGGAUGGUUCAGAUGAUGUGCUUGGUAGCAGCACAGACAGCUUGUCAAGAUUACGGAGCCCGUCUGUUCAGGAAGUUAGAGACCGGGGCUAUGAACGGUUGCGAGAAGAGCUGGCUAGAGCUAAACGGGACCUGAAACUUAAAGAUGAAGAAUGCGAAAGACUUUCUAAAGUACGGGACCAGUUGGGGCAGGAACUGGAGGAGCUGACAGCAAGUCUUUUUGAAGAAGCACAUAAAAUGGUCCGGGAAGCAAACCUGAAACAAGCCGCUGCAGAAAAACAGCUUAAGGAGGCACAGGGAAAGAUUGAUGUACUGCAGGCUGAGGUUGCAGCUUUGAAAACACUGGUUCUCUCAACCUCACCAACAUCCCCCACAAAAGAACUGCAACCUGGUGGAAAGGCACCCUUUAAGAAGGGCCAUGCCAGGAACAAAAGCACAAGCAGUGCUAUGGGAGGGGGAACACUAGACCUCAGUGUACUAUCUCCAAUUGUCAUGGAUUUGAAAGAGCCUGAUUUAUCGCUUUACUAUGAAUUCAGAACUUGGAAAGAAGAGCCUUCCAUGGACAGGGCAGGCCCAUUUUUGCACAGAAUAUAUGAGGAGGAUAUCUGCCCUUGUUUAACAUUCCCGAAAAGUGAGCUGGCUGCAGCUGUACUUGAAGCGGUAGAAAACAACACCUUAAGCAUUGAGCCUGCUGGUCUGCAACCUGCCCGCUUUGUUAAAGCAUCAGCUGUUGAAUGUGGAGGAUCAAAGAAAUGCGCGUUAAGUGGUCAGACAAAGUUGUGUAAGCACAGAAUUAAACUGGGAGACACCAGCAAUUACUAUUAUAUUUCUCCUUGCUGUAGAUAUAGGAUUGCAUCUGUGUGCAAUUUCUUUACAUAUAUCCGGUACAUCCAUCAAGGACUUCUAAAACAGCAGGAUGUUGAUCAGAUGUUUUGGGAGGUCAUGCAACUUAGGAAAGAAAUGUCUCAAGCAAAACUUGGAUAUUUCAAAGAGGAGCUUUAGCAGUUAGCACACUACAGGAUUGCUCACAAAUGUUUCUUGGACUUUUCCAUGCUAGGAGAUUGAGAGAACAUUGCAGCACCACAUACUCAAACGACUGUGUAAUAAAAACUAUCCAAUAUGUAUCUUUCCUUUGUACUUUGCAGAUUGCACAAAUAUCAAAUAAUGUGACAUCUGCUAAAUAACUUGCAAGAGAUCCCUAGUGCUUGCAGGAGAAACUUAGCUUUUGAGGUUCUAAUAAGCAUUUGCUGGCAUCAUCUUGUGUAAAUUAUUGGUGAACCGCCUCAGUAUGGAGAAAUAAAUGGUAGUUCGAAAUUGUCAGUCUUUUCUUUUACACAUGAAAUAAAUAAAUAACAUCUGAA